AUGGGCGGCGACGCGACGUACCGCGUCGUGACGGACCCGAGCGAGGGCCCGAAGGCGUUCACGAUUCAAACGCGCGUCACGUCCAGAGGCGAGCUCGCGGUCAUCAUGAUGGGCGUCGACUGCGCGGAGCGAAUCAUGCUCCACGAGUCCGUCGGCUUCGAUCUCCCCGAGGACGCCUUCGUUUUCAAGCUCGGACCGGGGACCGCGGGGGUGCUCGACCAGCUCCUCGCGCAGGGCGCUCUGAAGAUCUCGCGGGUGAUAGACCUCGGCCAUGGCGGCAGGCCCGCGCCGCUGUGCGCGCUCACCCCGGGCGGGGCGCCGCAGCCCGCGUUCGAGGGCGCGGCGGGGGCGAACGCCGCACACGCGGCGGCGGCGACGGCGGCGACAUCCGCGGCGUCGUCGGACGCGUUCUUCGACGCGCUUCGCAUGGAGGAGAAGCAGGUGAGCUCGAUGGCGGGUGGGGAUCCGCGGUUUGGAGGGAGCGGCGGGAUGCCCGCGCAGCAGCAGCAGCAGCAGCAAGGGUUCCGCGGCGCGCCCCCAGGGAUGCGGCUGGGACCGCCGCCGCCGCAAACGCAGUCGCAGUCGCGAACGGCGCCGCCGCCGCAAACGCAGUCGCAGUCGCGAACGGCGCCGCCGCCGGCCGCGGGCGGCGCCGCGGGGUUGAUGGCGAUGCUCGGCGUCGGCGGCGCUUGCGGCGCCGGCGGCGGCUCCCCCGCGAACCCGUCCCCUCCCGUCGCGCGGCACCUCAUGCCGCGGACGACGAGGGGGAGCGCCGGCGGCGGAAGCAGGAUCAGAGGCGGCGGCGAGGGCUCCGCGGAUGACGGAUUUUUCGACGCGUCCGACGGCAGCCGCCGUUCCCCGGCGUCGAUGACGCAUUCGCUGCACUCGUCCACGGGGAGCCUGAACGAGCAGCGCGCGCCGUCGCCGAUGGGCGGCGGCGCAUCAGGGAUCUUCGCGGGGGGCAGGGAUCCCCUCGCGGCUUUCUUCGGCGGCGCCGGCGCGGGGUCGUCGCCCGGCCCGCCCCCGGGGAUGGGUCCCCCCAUGCCCGGCGCCGGUCUCAUGGGAGCUCUGAGCGGCGGUAAUGGCGGCGUCAUGCCGGCGCGUUCGCCUCUCGGGUCCGCUCCACCGGGGACGGCGCCCAGCGGGGACGACCUUCUCGCCAUGCUCGGCGGCGGCGGCGGCGGCGGCGGCGGCGCGCCGCCGAUGCCCCCCAUGCCCGGCGGACCGGGCGCGAUGCUCAGCGCCGCGGACUUGGAAGCGCGCGCGAUGGCGAGGACGUCCGAUAGGACGUCCGAUAAGCGCAAAGGCAAGGCGUCGAAGCCCACCUCUGGGGGCACCAGCGGCGACGACCUCAUGACGAUGUUAUCGAACGGCGCGACCAGUCGGCUCGUGUCCGGGCCUCCCGUGCCGCCGAUGCCGACGUCCGCGAACUACGUCGCGACGGAUCGCGACGACGGCGUCGACGAUACGCUCGGCGGCGACGGCGCGUUAGGUCUCGGGUUCUUGGGGAUCACCGGGAUCGACGACUUCGACCUGCCCCCGGCGGCGGGGGAGACGGGCGGCGAGAAAAAGGAGAAGAAAGAGAAGGAGAGCAAGAAGCAAAAGGAAAAAGACAAGAAGAAGAAAGACGAUAAGAAGAAAGACGAGAAACCGCCGGCCGCGGACGAGGGCGAAUGGCCGUGGAGCGCCGGGUUCGAACACCGCGAGAAGGAGCGCGAUGCCGCGGCGGCGACGGCGGACGCGGAGACCGCCGCGGCGUUGCGAGAGGCGGUGAAGACCGGCGCCGAUCGGCUCGAGCCUCUGGUGGGUAAAAAAUCCGCGUACAAAACCACGAGCGGUCUCGACGCGCCGCUCCCCGAGGACAAUGUCGGACGGCGGCUGCUAAAGAAGCAAGGGUGGACGCCGCUCGUGGACCCGGCGACGGGCGUCGUCGUCGACGAGGCGCCGGUGCCGAUUCCGACGCUGGCGGGGGUUCCCGCGCGCGCGGGGUUGGGCUCCACGGCCAGGGCUUCGACGAAACCCGCGGCGGAGGACGUCGACGCGGACGACGCGAACAACAAGCAGGCGAAGGUGAUGGCGAUGGUCGGCGAGGCGAAGGGCGCGGCGUCGAGGCCGUCGAGCAUCGGGCGGGGGAAAUCCGACGCGAGCGCGGACUCCGGCGGCGGGAGCGGGAGCGGCGCGUCGGGGUUGGGGUUAUCGUACCUCGGCAUCACCGGCGGCAGCGACGACGAGGACGAGUGGGCGGAGGAGGAGGACGAGAAGACUCCGAAGGCUGCCGCCGCCGUGGAGGUCAAAGUCGACGCGAAGGACGAGACGACGCGCGCGGACCCGGAGAGCUGGGAAGACGUCGCGUCCCCGACGCCGACGAAACCGGCGAAGACGACGUACACCGUGGACGAACUGAAGUCGUUCAACGUCGGGUGCGACGCGAAACCGGCGGGCGCGGAUUUAGACGUCUUCGACGGCGCGGACAAGGUCGCCGCGGCAGCGGCGGAGAAGGCGAGAGCCCUCGAGGCGAAGCUCGAAAAGGAGAAGAAGGAGAAGGAGCGCGCGGAGAAGAAGGAGAAGGAAAAGGCGGACAAGGCGGAGAAAGCGGCCAAGGCGAGAGCGGAGAAGGAGGCGAAAGCGAACGCGGAGAAGGAGGCGAAGGACGCCGCGAAGGCUGCGGUCGCCAAGUCGCGCUCGACGGACUCGCUCGACGGCCCCGCCAUCGGCGGCGCGCUCGGGCUCGGGUUCUUGGGCAUCGCCGCCGCGGAAACCGCCGCCGACGACGACGACGACGAGGAGACGACGGCGGCGGCGGCGAAGACGCCGGAGCCCGAGCCGUUCGCCGCGGAGAGGUCCCCGACGCCGCCGCCCGCGACGCCGACCGGGAUGACCGUCCGCGAGCUCGCGGCGGCGCUCAUGGCGGAGCUGCGCGGGUUAGAAGACAGGGUGGAGGUGCUCGGCGAGGAGGAGGGGCCGCUGGUGGCGCUGAGACUCGGCGCGGCGUUGGAGGCGAUCCGGGACGCGCCGUUCAAGUCCAUCUGA